AUGGCGGGCAAAGAAUGUAUGUAUUUUUUUGAAUUUUUCGUGUUUUUCUUUUGUUUUCUUGCUGCGAUCGCGUUUGAUUUGCAAUGAUCAUUAAUCUUGCUGUAUAUUUAGGGUCGUGGCGAUCGUAUAAGCGGUUAUUAUCCGUCGUGGAAACGGCUAUUCUGAAGAAACGUCCGGAAGCUUAUUAUGAUCUAGAUGGGGUACUGAAAACAUUCAAAUCGGAAUUGCUGUCUCCUUUGAGGAAUCCGGUAAAAAUAGUUUUUAUUGUAAUGAUAUUUUGAGCAGGUUUGCUCAAUGGAGCAAUCGAAUUUUCCACUUGCAAAGAGCUAUUUCUCCAAACCUCAGAUCAAAAUAUCAUAACAACAUUUCAAAUUUACUUUCAUUUAUAGUAUUUUUAUAUACAAUUAAGCGAAUUUUGUACAUUAAGCUUGUUUUCUACCAGAUGACUUUUUUGUGUUGUACAAAGCAUAAAUACAAUAAGCAAUAUGAUUGGUUAGGAUCAGUUUUUGGCGAUUGACUGAUUAUGCCACAGUCGGAAAUUACCAAUUUAUCUGAUGGCAAUUUUGUAAUGACAUAAAUAUGUUAAUAAUAAUAAUUAUUUCAUGCUUGUGAUGUUACUCUGAGUGUAUAUCCACACUGGGCAAGCUUGAACAAUAUGCCUGGCCACGGUGGAAAUCGAACCUACGACCUUUGAAAUUUACGAGCAUUAAUACGAGCAUUGGGCUAGUAUUCCAAAGGUUGUAGGUUCGAUUCCCACAGUGGCCAGGCAUACUUUUCAAACUAGCCCGGUGUGGAUACACUCUCAGAGUAACAUCACAAGCAUCUUAUUUACCUGACUCUGAGUACAUAACACCAACACAGACGAAAGUAAUUUCAUCCACAUGUUUGUCAGAAUAAUAACAUGAAAAAUACCAAGCGUAUUACAGUUGAUUUCACAGAACUUUUCUGUGAAUGUUGCGAACUUCGUUCCGAACUUCGUUGUGAAGUUCAAAAGUUUGUACUGAAAUUCACAAGUCAGUUUGUAAACAAAGCCUCUGAUUGGUCCCUUAACAAAAAUAAGCCAAUUAGAAGCUUUGUUUACAAACCGGCUUGUGAAUUUCAGUAUAUGAACUUUUGAACUUCACAACGAAGUUAGGAACAAAGUUCGCAACAUUCAGGGAAAAGUUAUAUGAAAUCAACUGUAACAUGAAAAUUUUGUAGGGCUGGUGGACAUUGCCCGAGGAUAAAUUGAUUUGAUUUUGGUCAAAUUGGAUGAGAAAUGAUCAAGCUGAUUUAGUUUGUCUUGGUUUUGCUGAGCAGAUUAAGCUGAAUGCAUGCAAUGUAAUUUGAGUGCAUUAGACCCUUCAUUGGGACGAAAUUAUUAGCCCAUUGUUUAUUUUUGCAUGAUACAUAACUUGGCACGUAGUCUCUGAAUGCUCCCUAUAUAGUUAUCAUAUACUGCAACAACCAAAAAUAAUUCACCAAUUUUAGGCCAAAAAUGACACACACCGAUCCGAAGUGCAACAGUCGACAACAGUCGGCAUCGUAGUGGGCGGCCAUGGAGAAAAACAGAAGUUCCCAGCGCAGUUUAUCAAAGAAGCGUUACUACUUAGCGACAUCUUGAACAUGAACGAAUUAGCCGCUGUUGAACUGCUGUUGGUGAGCGAACAACAGAAAGCUAACUUUCCUGGCCAGACGAGAGGUAGGCCAGGAUUUUUUUGUUGUGUUAAACACACACAAUAACUCAAUUUUUUCAAUAGCAAUUGAGUUUUGAAACUCAGUUAUAUCAUCAAACUUUAACCCAUUAAGCUGCAGAGCUUCCCCAUUGACAAGUAAACUCGUCUAGCGUUAGACAAGUAAAAAAAAAUUAGUAGGGUGCACUGGGGCACAUUGCAGCUCAAUGGGUUAUAUGGAGUAAGGGGCCAUCUAUUUUCACAAACAUCAUGCAUCAUUCGAAAUUUAAGUUUUUUGUGGCAGAGAAAGGACAAUAGAUUUCAAAUCCACUUGAAUCAAGCCACAAAAACAAAUUGUCUGGCAUUAGGCAAAGUAAAAUAAUGAAGUAGGACACAACCGGGGGCAUUGCCACUUAAAUGAUUCAUGUUGGCUGACUAGAAAUGUGCUUUAUUGUACAAUUAUUGUCUAGGUCUUGUAGCUGUGUUGUUGUAUCAUGAUGGUAGACGUUGCCUCCUGUCAGCUUUACGAACACUCUUGCAGUCUCGCGAAGGCUUGACAUGGACUUUAGAACUUGACGAGGAAAUGUCGGAACUUAUCAUGUCAUUCACCAAACAAAUUAUCAACGAAG